AUGGCCGACCACAGCUCUCCAAAUUACAAAGAUCUUUACCUUAGGGCAGAAGAAGCACGGAAGCAGGAAGCAGAAGGGAGACGGCAGGAAGCAGAAAGGAGACGGCAGGAAGCAGAAAGGAGGCGACAAGCAGAAGAACGCAACCAACAGACCUCUUUCACAGAGCUCUUACAGAACUGCCAUGACCUUCUCUCCCGCCAAUUGCGAGUCGAGACACCGAGGCACCAGGGAAAGGUAUUGAGGAGGUGGUGA